AUGGGCCGGCGCCAGCGCAACGAGGAGCGGACGAAGCGGUUCCAGGAGCACCGCGUGACGCGGGGCGUCGACGUCGCGACGCUGGACAUGCAGGUUAAGGACAACCAGCGGAAGAAGGACGACGACGCCGACCUCGACAAGCAGUACGCGGACAUGGCGGCCAAGGUGUCGCUCAUCGUCGAGGAGCGGCGCCUCGCGGACGAGGAGGAGCGCCUCGGCGAGCUGCGGCGCCUCAAGGAGGACUGGGACGAGCACGCCGCCCUGCCGAAGAACAACUCCGUGAAGAUCGCCGCGCCCAUCGACAUGGACACCGCGGGCUUGGCCUCGGCGCAGCGGCUCCUCGGCGAGGACCGCGACGCGGGCAAGCGCAAGUCGCGCCAGGCGGCGCAGAUGCGGUCCUGGACCCUGGAGCAGAUGGAGCUCAAGAAGCAGGGCCAGCGCGUCCUCGACGACGAGGACGAGCGCUUCGCCGCGUGGGAGAAGCACGUCCUCGCGCAGCGGACGAAGAUCGAGCGGGAGCAGCGCGUCGAGGCCAAGAUGGCGGAGCAGGACCUGCGCGCCUACCGCGGCGUCCAGGCCGCCGAGCGCCGGGGCAAGGAGGCGGACCAGCGCGCCAACGAGGCGAAGAUGGACGCCGACGAGAUCGAGCGGAAUCUCGCGGACCCCGUGCUCGCGGAGUCGCGGUCGCUCCUCGGCGACGGCCGCGUCCGCACGGACCACUUCCGCGGCUUCACCAAGGGCCAGAUCAAGCGGGUCUACAAGGAGAACGAGGCCAUCCAGAAGUACCGCGACGACGCCGCCCUCGCGCGCAAGGCCGACGACGCGGCCUACGACGACGACGUCGCGAACGUCCAGACGCUCGUGACGGCCGCGGACUACCAGGUCCAGGAGGCGAAGCGCCACGAGCUCAUGAUGCUCAAGGAGGACCUCGAGAAGCAGCGCUUCGUCGAGCGCCAGCGCAAGGUCGACGAGCGCGAGGAGGCCUUCGGCAGCAUCGGCGAGGGCGUCCUCUCGGGCUUCGGGAGCUCCUACCGGUGA